AUGCAGAUCAAAUCAACCGAUCACAGCCUCAAGUCCAUCCUCGAUAAAUUCCGACCGGAUGUGAGAAUAUUCGAGGAUAUCUAUCGCAAAUUACACAAUUCCCCCGAGCUAUCCGGUCAGGAAAAAGAGACAUCCGAGCUCGUCGCGAAAUUCCUGAAUAAACUGGGCUUCGAGGUGCACACUCACAUUGGUGGAUAUGGCGUCGCGAGUGUGCUCCGAAACGGAAGCGGUCCCACCGUCCUGUUGCGCGCCGACAUGGACGCCUUGCCCCUUCACGAGAAGACCGGAGUGCCGUACGCGAGCCACAAAACCGUCAAAGACAAGGAUGGAGUGACACAACCGGUGAUGCACGCCUGUGGGCAUGAUUUUCACGUCGUGGGUCUCUUGGCCUCUGCCGAGCUCCUGCACGCGGCUCGCCAAUAUUGGUCGGGCACCUUGAUUUGCAUCUUCCAGCCGGCCGAGGAGCAACUGUCCGGUGCGCAGGCUAUGCUUGACGAUGGGUUAUAUGAGAAAAUUCCGAAACCGGAUGUCGUUCUGGCUCAGCAUGUCAUGCGACAGCGGGCAGGGACGGUCACCGUCCGGCCUGGUCGGUUAUUGACGGCGGCCGAUGCUUUUGACGUCCGUGUCUACGGACGUGGCGGCCACGGCUCGGCCCCUCAUACCUGUAUCGAUCCCAUCGUGAUCGGUGCGGCGAUUGUGACUCGGCUGCAAACUGUCGUAAGUCGGGAGGUGAUUCCCGGGGAAUUGGCCGUGGUGAGCUGCGGUAGUAUCCAAGCUGGCAGCACGCCGAACAUCAUCCCCAGCCAUCUGGACCUGAAAAUCGGUGUCCGAACCUACGACCCGAAGGUGCGGGAACGGGUGAACGCGGCCAUCAGACGCAUCAUUGAGGCCGAAUGCGAGGCCGGAGGCGCCGUGCAGAAGCCGCUGAUCAAAUGCACCCAUUCCGCGCCCGCGACGAUCAAUGACGGCGAAAUGGUCAAGGCCUUGAGGGGGACCUUUGAAUCGUACUUCGAGGACAACUUGGUCGACGACGAGCCCGCAGCGGCCAGUGAGGACUUUUCUCUUCUGGCCACGACGGUGGGAGCGCCGUACGUGAUGUGGACGUUCGGCGGCGUCGACCCCCAAACGUGGGACGACGCGGUGGCCAAGGGAACGGUACACGAGCUGCCGAGUAACCACUCGCCUUUCUUUGCGCCGGUCAUUCAGCCGACUGUGCAGGUCGCCGUAGAUGCUAUGUCUGUCGGCGCUCUGACAUUCCUCAAGCAGACAUCUUAA